GUCAAGGGCUUCCUGGGCACCACUCGUUGUGAGGGCGUGGUCCUGGACUCAGGCGAGGAGAUCAGGGCGAAGAUCGGAGUCAUUAGCUCUCUGCCGCCGCAGACAUUUCUACCGCUUCUACCUUCUGCCUGGGAAGGCCAAGGCUUCGAAAGCCUUGAGGCGCUGAAGCCUUGCAAGUAUCUCUCGGUCUACAUCUGGUUUGACAGGAAGGUGACGGAGGGAAAGCAGAUGUGGGCGAGGAUCUACAACAAGGAUGAUCUAAACUGUGAGUUCUACGAUUUCUCUGAGAUCUAUCCGGGCAAGGACUCACGGGGCCAACCAUGGAAG